UAUUGUCAAUUUCUAACGCAUAUCGACGUUUAUUUAGUUUUUCAAUGGGAAUUCUAAAUAAUUUAACUCUUUUGAGGCCCGCAUCACAAUGCUUCCAACGUCUUAGCACCUUUCAUAAAGCAUUUAAAUCUCAACCAUUAAGGGAAAGUAGCUUGCAUUCAAGACAUUAAAUGAUGCCCGAACUCUCUUGAAAAUGACUUCAAGUGAUAUUUGAAAAAUUGAGAGAGAAAUUGAGGAAAAAAAACCUGUAAAAUAUACAGAUAUCGUCAGCAUUAGAAAUGGAGAGACAGUUAAUGAAGUCCCUGCUAUUUUGUAUUGUGUCGUUUAUUCUUCUUCACAGAUGCCGCGGAGCAGCUCCUCUGUUCGGUGGACUGCCGACGUCCGUCACAGUGGGUGAGCAGGAAACAGAAGACAUACUGAUCUACACCCUUACGGUCACGGAUGGUGAUAACGACCCGUUUAACUGCGAUAUCUUAUCGUCUACUCCUGCUGCAGCUCCCUUUAGGGUUCUAAAGGAUCCCGGCACAAACAAAUUCGGAGUGUAUACAAAUUCCCCAGCGUUCAACUUCGCUACCAAUCCGCUGUACACGCUUACGAUCGAAUGUGACGAUAAUACCGGGAACAAGCCAACAGCGGUGCUUUCAGUGGACAUCCUUGACGGAGACCGCAUAUCCUUCGAUAAUAUUCCAGCUACAACUACACACGCAGCUUUAACCACUGGAGACAACGCCGCUAUUUUUGAUGUGGACGCCACCGAUCUGCUAAAUCAUGUACCGCUGACGUACACGAUGACGAGCAUUCCCUCCACAACGAGUUUUAAAAUAGAUGGAACUACUGGAGCUGUUACAACAGCCCGAGAACUUAAAUUCGAAACUAAUGCCGCCAUUGACUUGUAUGUAACGGUGUCCGACAGUUCUAUCUCCGUCACAGAGAAACUCAGAGUCCAACUGACAAAUCUCAAUAAUGUGCCAUCAUUUACCAACUUGCCUGCAACAAUAAGCGUAAAUGAAAACACUGCAUCUGGUACAGUUCUAUAUACUCUGACGUCAUAUGAUGCUGACGCGGGCGCAACGUUGUCUUAUAGUAUGACGGUAACUCCACCCGCAGAUGCUGGGAAAUUCACAUUUGCAACGAACACUCUACAGCUGUCCUUGACCGCUGGACAGUCAUUUGACUACGAAACAAGGAGUUCCUAUACAGUGUCAUUCACUGUGACAGAUACCAUGGCAACAACGGGACCUAUUGACCUUACGGUCAAUAUUAACAACAUCAACGAAGCGUGUUAUUUCGACAAGUCGUAUUACUAUGUCACUCUUGCUGAAGCCUCGGCUGGAAGUGUAAAUUAUAAUCCGAACUUUCUUGUUCGAGACUACGAUGGUGCAGCAACUUAUUCAUUGUCAUUUGCAGCAGGAAACAACAGCAAUAGAUUCUCCAUCGACUCCAGCAGUGGAAUUGUAUCGUUUGCCGUGAACUAUGACAUUGAUAACAACGCCAUGCCGUCUAACGUCAUUUUGACCGUGGUAUGCACGGAUUCCACCAGCGUAACAGGAACUGCUAAAGUAGAGAUCACGGUCACGGACGUGAAUGACAAUGCUCCAUCAUUUCCUCAGACGAGUUACAGCAUUAAUGUAGACCAGUACACCACGGCUGGCUCCCUAGUGGGGACCAUAGCGCCGACAGACCCCGACUCCGGCGUCAAUGGCGAGUUCUCGUGCGCCGGAACUUCAACAGCAACAUCAGCUACAACCUAUUACUCCAUUGGAGCAGACUGUGGAGUUUAUCUUUUGUCAUCCCCAUCUGGAAACUUGGCUUAUGGAUCGAUUUCCAGAUUUACAAUUACGGCAGUUGAUAAAGGGUCACCAGCUCUCACGGGAACUACGUAUGUGGACAUUAUCUACAAAGAAACCACGACAACCACCACCACAACGACCGCAGCGCCAUCUACCUACAACUUCUGGGAUGACAGUGGUGCUGUAGCAGCAUUCUCUAUUGCCAUGAUAUUAGGUGCCCUUCUGCUCGCUGGACUGUUAUACUAUCUACUCCGCUGCUGCUACACUGGCAUGUGUUGUGGACCAGAUCCAUGUGAUUUCAUGGAAUGUUGCAGACGCCUUGACAGACCUCGGACACAGAGAAGAUUAGUAACCCCUGAAAAACCCAGAAGACAAAAGAGGGAUGAUUUUGACUAUUGGAGAGAAGACAGCGACUAUGGGUCUGAACCUCCAUCGAGAAAGCCAACCCCAGUGCGCGUUCAUGGACCACGUGAAUACAAGGAUUUGCCCAAUAGCAAUGGUAACAGGUUAACACCCACGGACAUCCAGUUACAGCCUCGCCGACUCAUGUCUUCACGGGCGCCCCUCGCCGUCUCCUACUACUGAUCAUCAACACUGAUCUUAAGACAUAAUUUGCAUAACACUUGUAGCAGUUUGUACAGUUUUAAUUUUGUAUUGCUAAUCUAAACAUUGAAGCGUUGUUACAGGGAUUUUCCUCGUCAUUUGUAGAUUUAUUCAUCAUUUACAUCGUUGAUUGUUGUUGUUGAAAUAAAAGUCAGUGCAA